AUGAAGAACGUGGUGUGCGAUGUGCAUACUUCUCAUACUAAGCUUGGCAAACCAUUGGGAGCAACUGGAAUCGUUAGAGGAAGUGCAAAGGGAAGACGAAAAGGAAAAGGAAAAGGAAAAGGAAAAAUGCGCGGAAGUGGAGUUCAAGCCACUGAGGUCGAGGAUAUGCAAUUGUGCAUUGAUAGCAAAACAAAUAGUGGAGUUGACGACAGCAGUUCACCUGUGGAUGUUGAUGGUGUGGACAACGUGAACAAGGACUCGUUGACGAUGUUGGACAGCGAAGGGUUGUUAUCGGCGGAGGAACAAAAACUUCUUCACUAUGUAUUUGACGAUAGCAAAAAUGAAAUGGACAUUGUUGUUUCCAUGAAUCUUCAUGGACGGGCAUGUGAAGUUGGCACCCGGCGUGACAUGCGCACGCUCAAACAGGGGUCGUGGCUAUCCGACAUUGCUAUUAAUUUAGGUAAUGAUCUGUUUGGAUCAUUGUCUAGAAGAUAUGAUGAAUCAGAAAGAGGAAUAGCUGAUUUGGAGGAGGAUUUGAAGGAUUUAUACUUCUUUGAAGAGGAAGAUACAAGCAGUGUUCAGGUGGGAUGGUGGGACCCGAGCUAG